GAAAGUAGAAGCCGUGUGCGUCUUGGGUCCCGCGCGACCAAGCUUCAGGGACAGUCGGCAGUUUCCAGCUCAGCCUGAAAGAAGCCCGACCACUCACAGCGCGAUAACCGGCACCAUGGCCAUGACUCUGGGUUACUGGGACGUCCGCGGGCUGGCUCACCCCAUCCGCUUGCUGCUGGAAUACACGGACUCCAACUACCAGGAGAAGAGGUACACGAUGGGAGACGCUCCCGACUUUGACAGAAGCCAGUGGCUGAAUGAGAAAUUCACGCUGGGCCUGGACUUCCCCAAUCUGCCCUACUUAAUUGACGGGGCUCACAGGCUCACCCAGAGCAACGCCAUCCUUCGCUACAUCGCUCGCAAGCACAACCUCUGUGGUGAGACAGAGGAGGAGAAGAUUCGCGUGGACAUUUUGGAGAAUGAGGUCAUGGACCUCCGAAUGUACAACAUCAGAAUCUGCUACAGUCCUGACUUUGAGAAACUGAAGCUUGAGUUUUUGAAAGUGCUUCCUGAGAAGAUGAAGCUCUUCUCUCAGUUUCUGGGGAAGAGGUCUUGGUUUGCCGGGGACAAGCUCACCUAUGUGGAUUUCCUGGCAUAUGACAUCCUUGACAUACUGCGCAUGUUCGAGCCCAAGUGCCUGGAUGCGUUCCCGAACCUGAAGGAGUUCCUUACCCGCAUAGAGGGCCUGAAGAAGAUCUCUGCCUACAUGAAGUCCAGCCGCUACGUCCCGACCCCUGUGUACUCCAAGGCUGCCAUGUGGAGCAACAAGUAGGGCCUGAGCCCUACCAGCCCCCAGCCUGCAGAGCUCAGCCGGAGACCCCAGCACAGCCCCGAAGUCCUGUAUUGCCAGGGUACAGGCCCUGCGUCCCCAGCUUCGUCCCUCCCUACCCUGCCUGGUCCCCCGUGAAGCCGAAUCACACCUGGUUGCCUUAUUCCCUCGACACUGGACCCAGGACUGACUGGGUUGGAGUUCGGUAGGCUGUCCCUUUUCCCUCAGUCGUCUGGGACGGCCGUGUGGUGGGGACGUGUGUGUGGGUGGUGGCAGGAAGAGGGACAGGUGGCAGUAUAGGGUUUCUCGCUCGUUUCUAUCUUUGUUCACGCGUGUGUGCCUCAGUGUGGUGCACCUACAGAAGGGGGCCUCCUGGGCUUCCGUCCCUCUGUGACUUCAGCAUUGGUGGAGGGCCCCUAUAAGCUGGUAGUUUGUGCCAAGGUUCAGAGGGUUUGUGGGGCAGGGGGCAUGCUGAGCCGUCCACUGCUGGUGUGGGGUCCUAGUGGCCACGUCCCGUCACCCUUUCCCCGAAGCGCUUCCUGCAGCAGAUACCCCUCCUCUGUGCUCAGAUAACACAUCUCAAUAAAACACAACCCACUGUGUCAUUA